UAUGUGAUCCCACCGAGGGACUGGAGACUGAGCCGGUGGAGCUGCACACUGGAGAUACAGCUUCGUACAUGAAGCCUCUGUGGUGACUUACUGGCCCCUGAUGCGAUGACCAGUCUGACGGACGCCCUGCGGUUCUGGACCUGAUCCUGGACGACUGGUGGAGUAUGAGACAGAGCAAAUGGCUGUGUGAAAACUCGCUGACACACAGAACUGACCGCAGAACAACUUGGGAACUGGUGCCGGAAGAGAGGAGGUGACCACGAACAGUCAUGGGAUGUGGCGUCACAAAGUCCAACCAGUUCAACAAACACUCUGGAAAAGCCGUCACAACUAUAAGAGCUGCUGUGCUGAUUCAGCGAUGGUACCGUCAGUAUGUCGCCCGCACGGAGAUGAGACGCAGAUACACCUGGCACAUCUUCCAGUCCAUCGAAUACUCCGGAGAACAGGCUCAGAUAAAGCUUUAUAAUUUCCUCGGCUACCUCAUGGACAAUUUCACACCCUCAAGCAAUGAACGAAAUUUGAUCUCGCACAUCUUCAGAGAGAACGAGGUUUGUCGGGACGCAGAGUGGGAGAGGUACUUCUGCUACAAGAACAUCGAGGUGCCAGAGAUUUACUCAGGACCUCAUCUCUUCUUCCCUCUGACGGUGGAGCAGGCAGUCGGGCUGGUGGAGGCCUUCAGGAACAAGAAGCAGCUGCACUCGCGCUACGUCCUCCAGCUCCUGGCCGAGACCUGGAAACUGUUCCGCAUGAUGCCAAAUAUCAACCGAAUCUCCACCUGCCAGAGUAAAGAAAUCACUAUUUGUGGCGACCUGCACGGACAACUGGAGGACCUGCUGCUGAUUUUCUACAAGAACGGCAUGCCCUCCUUGGAGAAGCCUUACUUGUUUAAUGGAGACUUUGUCGACCGAGGCAAAGACUCCAUCGAGAUCCUUAUCAUCCUGUUUUCAUUCAUGCUCGUCUACCCCAGUGAAGUCUACCUCAACCGAGGAAACCACGAGGACCAUAUAGUCAAUCUGAGGUACGGCUUCACAAAGGAGGUGUUGACUAAAUACAAGUUGCACGGCAAACGGAUCCUGAAGCUGCUGCAGAAGAUCUUCAGCUGGUUGCCAUUAGCGACAGUGAUCGACCAGAAGGUUCUGGUUCUUCAUGGAGGAAUCUCCGACACCACAGACCUCGGCGUCCUCACCAGGGUGGACCGGCACAAUUAUGUUUCAGCACUGAGGCCUCCAAAGAAGAGGCACAUCAGCUCAACUGGGACGUCCAUCGACUCGGACGACGACGUCUGGGGCAAGUCCUUCCAGCGCCGGGCCUCCCUCAUCUAUCCCAAGCCGCUGGGAACCCGGGACAGCUUCCACAGCCGCUCGCUGCAGGACUUCUCUGACCGGAUCAAAGGGAACUCGGAGGACGAUCUGGAGGUCCGCAGGAGGAGACAGUCCGUCUUCAUCAACAGGUCCACAGAAAAAGAGACGACUCUGACCGUGUCCACUGAGUCUGUCAGCAGUGACAACGCCAAGGAAGAAUGGAAACAGAUCCUGGACCUGCUGUGGAGCGACCCGAUGAGCCAGGACGGCUGCGUGCCCAAUGAGGUGCGGGGCGGAGGCUGCUACUGGGGCCCUGACGUCACCGAGGACUUUCUGAACAGACACAACCUGCAGCUCAUCAUCCGCUCACACGAGUGUAAACAGGAGGGUUAUGAGUUUUGCCACAAUCGUAAGGUCCUGACUCUGUUCUCUGCCUCCAACUACUACGACGUGGGAAGCAACAGGGGCGCCUACGUGAAGCUGGGUCCAGACCUUGUGCCUUAUAUGAUUCAGUACCAGGCCACCAGUAUGACCAGAGAGCUCACCGUUCGACAAAGAGUCGGUCGGACCGAGCGCUCAGCCCUCAAAGUCCUGCGGGAGCAGCUGUUUGCGCACAAAUCUGACCUCAUCUGUGCCUUCAAAAAGCUGGACAGCAACAACACAGGUCUGGUGUCUCUGAAUGAAUGGGCCACUGCAGUGGAGAGUGUGAUGCACCUCGGCCUGCCCUGGAGGAUGAUGCGCGGUCAGCUCGUCACCUGCAAGACCAGCGACGGCACGGUCGACUACAACGAGUGGUUCAACGAGCUCGCCAUCAAGGGACCCAACACGGAUCACAUCGACCAGAGCCUGCUGGAGACUCUGUAUCGCCACCGCUCCACCUUGGAGACCAUCUUCAGAAUCGUCGACACGGACAACUCAGGCUUCAUCACCAUUGAGGACUUCCGGCAGACCUGGAAGCUGCUGAGCGUCUACCUAAAGAUGGAGAUCACGGACGAGGCCAUCUCCGACCUGUCCGUCACCAUUGACAGAAACAAGGACGGCAGCAUCGACAUCGACGAGUUCAUGGAGGCCUUCCGCCUCACGGACAAGAAGAGCCGGCUGGAGCGAGGGCGCAGCAUGUUCAUGGGCACGGCCCCCGACCUCACCAAGCUGGACGAGGAGCCCAACAUCUGAGCAGGGAGCCGCAGUGAAAGACUGAAAACAGAGAGCGACCUCGGCUCAGGCUCCUCGCCGGUGAGGGGAGGGCGUGGACACACGCAGGGAACGCCGGCUGCCUCUGUGACGCACGUUAAGACAGGAAGCUCCUGAGCAGCUGCUGUGUUGAUCGCAUGGGGAUCAGGAGCGGGUCAGAGGUCAGGGCGUUUGACAGCAAAUGUUCAUUUCCCUUUCUGAAUCAGUUUUAUCCACCGAGGAGGAAGUGUGGCUGAAACACAUGACCAGGAAUUUUGUGUCUUUUAUUUGGUUUUAAUAUUUGCAAACGUAAAAAAUCUACAAACACAAAAACAAAAAAGGCUGCUUUCGGCUGCUUGAUUAUUACUGUAGCGAUACUAGAUACUGUGAUCACUGUUAAUAUCACCGAGGAUUUUUGUCCUUCUGUUUGCUUAUCAUUUUUUUUAACAACAGAAUAUGUUUUGACUUUGCUAAAUGAAGAGUAACACCUGCACACUGACUCCAGAUGUUUUUAAAUGGAAUGCAUUUUAAUUCCACUCCGAUUGAAUCAGCUUAAAAUGCAUUUAAAUGGUCAAGGAGCUGAAACUAAUUAUUAUUUUCAUCAGUUAAUCCAGUGACAAUUUCCUCAAUCGAUUGAUACAAAAAUGAUAAGUUAACUAUAGUUUAACAUUGGGCCAAUUGUUCAAACACCAAGACCCAAUGAAACCACAAUUAAACCUGCUAGAUCCCACUGAUUUUUUUAUUUGGAUCAGCACCAAAUUGUGCCCACUCAUAGAUAUCAGUCCCCAUCGAGAUACAGGAAUCAUCCCCUUGGAAAAUAGUGAAAAUGACAACAACAAACUCUGUGUAUGGAGCAGAAGGGGUUUUAUUAUCUCCUCUUAUUUUAACAUGCUCUCUGGCACUGUGUCUCAAGCAGGACACUGGGUAACUCUGUGGUUUUGAAGCUCUCAGUGAGUCGGUGUGCGGAAGUUACUCUGUUUGUGUUACUCUGCUCCUUUUUAACACUUUAUACAACAAACUGACCCAAAAACACACACAUGAUUUACCACAGAUAAGUGUGCAACUCAACAAUAAGCACUACAGUACGUAUUUGCAACUAAAUGCUGAUGGUGCCUUAGCAGUAGAAGAAAAUUUAACUUCUAGAGAUGAAGUUAAGUCUAGGUUGCACUGAUCAUGAUGAUGAUGAUGAUGAUGAUGAUGAUGAUGAUGAUGAUGAUGCCAAAUGCCGACCAUGUACUGGGGUCCUUUAGGUGGGAUAUAUACCCUAAACUUGUUCUAAAACAGAGAAUUCAUUAUUUUAUUCAUUUGACUUUAGGUUUAAUACAUCUUCGUCCUAAAUGCUUCAAAGCGCAGUCGCAGGGAUGGUUUGAUAUUCUGAAUUGUUCUCAUCUAAUUCUGCAAGAAAGCAAAUCAUAAUAAAAAUGUCAAAACACGGUGUUUUUGAGCUGAAUAUUCUCAGUUUGCAUAGUUGAAUAAAAAACGUUUCCACACUA